CAAUAAGGAGUAACCUUAUUUCUGUGAUUGUGAUGACUAAUUUAUCACGUUACUUCUGCUUUUUAAGUUACAAAACAGCAGGUGGUUUUCUGCGCUUGUAACUUCUCCGCUGACCAUUUCUGAAUAACUGUUGAAAAGUAAACUGAUAAAACUCUUCCGCGUACAAUAUGAAUGCAGAAUCCUUCCAGAUUAUAUUCAUCUACUUUUUAAUUCAUUUAAAUUCCUUUGUGAGUGUUGCAGAAAUUACUUGCAGAGAUGACACUGGGCAGCCUGUAGACUGGUUUGUCGUUUACAAAUUGCCUAGAUCUAGAGUUAAUCAGUCUACCGGAACAGGACUAGAAUACAUGUAUCUGGACUCUUCAACUGAGGGUUGGCAAAUGAGCAAACAUCUUGUCAAUAUGACCAAGGGCGCUGUUGGACAAACGUUAGAACAGCUAUACCGGGUUUAUAAGUCAAAUGAUAAAAACUGUGUGUAUUUUAUUUACAAUGAUGCUGCACCCGAAAUGAAAUAUGAUAGAUAUCAUGGACAUGCAAAAGGUAUUCUGCUGUUGGACAAAACCCAAGGCUUCUGGCUUAUUCACAGUGUACCACAUUUCCCUCCUUUUCCUGAGCAGGGUUAUGGCUGGCCGUCCUCUGCUAGGAUGUUUGGGCAGACUCUCUUCUGUGUCACGUACAAAUAUAGCCAGUUUGAAGAAAUAAGUAAACAACUAUUUUACGAAAAUCCGCAUGUGUACAAUUUGUCUCUCCCGGAUGCCUUCCAGCCUGAGCUUUCAUUUCUGCAGGCUAUUGCCAAUGGUAGUUGCUUGACUAGUCCUCCCUGGAAACGUAGGACUAAACUUGUAUCCGCAGGUGGCCAGCAGUUUCAGAGUUUUGCAAAAUACAAAAAUUUUGGAGAAGAUAUAUAUGCAGCCUGGCUAGCUCAGGCCUUGGAGACUGAUUUAUUGGCUGAGACAUGGCAGAGGACUAAAGAUGCACUUCCUUCCAAUUGCUCCCUGCCACAACAUGUCUAUAAUAUCUUAAGAAUCAAACUCCCAGGAUCUGUCGUCUUCCUUUCACACUCUGAUCAUUCUAAGUGGUGUGUGUCACAGGAUUAUAGUCGACAAUGGACCUGCAUUGGAGAUAUAAAUAGAACAUAUGGCCAGAUGUGGAGAGGUGGUGGUCUGCUCUGUACUCUGAACCCCUUUAUUUACAAGGCCUUCAGACAUUCUGUGUUGUUGUAUAGGAAAUGUAUUGAUGGAUAGUGGGAGACCAUAGGGAACUUUGACCAAUGGUUAAAUGCAAGUGUUUCAUAGAUUCUUCAAAUAAGUCUCAGCAUUGGGCUUGAACCCACAACCCUCUGACUCAGGAGAUGAGAAUACUAGGUUGCAGCUGAGCCUGGUUGGCAUAUCAGCCAGAGUGGUGGGAUCAAUAAAAAUACUUUUCCUGUCACAAAGUUGUUGAUCAAGAUAUUCUAUGCAACAGAUUAAACAGGAAUGUGAUAAUAAUAAUAAUAAUCCUUGUUUUUGAUAUAGCGCCUUAUCAGGUCUUCGAUACUUUUCAAAGCAUUUCACAGAAUAUACUGUAGAGUGAAUUGACUGUAUAUUUUGUGGGUGAAAUGCGGCAGCCAAUUGUGCACAGCUGUACUAUUCUGAAUUUUUUUGUGCUAUUGAUAUUUGUAGCAGCUAUUAUUUUAAGUGUUUUGUGGCAUAUGAUUGAUUGAUGUGUUCCUGUAUGUUCAUUUAUAUAUGACAGAAUGCGUAUAGUUUGCCAAUCUUGGUAAGUGAAGAACAACAUUGGUUUAUUGAUUCCAUUGCUGUCCCAUUCUUUUACAAUGCUACAUAAAAUUUACUGUUUUUCUUCAAAAAGUGUAUUUUUGUGUCAAUAUAUGAAUUUCAGUAUGUACCUUUUAA